AUUACAAUGAGCUUUCAGGAUGUCGAAGCUGGUAUCCAACACACAUCCAAUUUCCCCGUUCCUUCAAGCCCACAAUCUCCCGAAGAUGCUACAUUCGUCUCUCUACAGUCUUCUCUUUCCCUUCAAGUAUUCAAGAUGAACUCCAAUGUGCAAGGUAUACUCAAACUGGUGGAUCAACUCGGCACUACCAAGGACUCCGCAGCCCUUCGGAAACGCUUACAUGAUUUAACGGAGAGCACCCGUGCCAUGGCGAAGCGUGGGUCGGAGGACCUGAAGAAAUUGACCACCCAGCAAGCAUCUCUUCCACAUCAAAAGACAACUCUUCAGAAGACUUCUCACGACUUUCAGAUGUCUUUGGUUGCUUUUCAGCGGGCACAGCAAGUCAGUGCGGAACGGCAAAGGACCGUAGUUCAGGGAGUAAAACUAGCUGUUGAAGAUGAUCAACCUACCGACUCGGAACCUACGAGCUCACCAGAACAGCGGCAAGCCCAGUUACUCCACAGCCAAUUAUCACCCCAUGAAUUAGCCUACCAAGAGUCCCUGAUCCAAGAACGAGAAGCUGACAUCCGGGAGAUUGAGACCGGUAUACACGAAUUAGCAGAGAUAUUCCGUGACCUUGGUACCUUGGUCGAACAGCAGCGACCCAUGAUUGAUAACAUUGACUACAACAUCUCAUCUGUCGCUGCUGAUACCUCACGCGCUGCCGAAGAACUUAAUACUGCAUCGGAGUAUCAGCGUCGAGCCGGUCGUCGCGCUGCUUGUCUCAUGAUCAUCCUAGUUGUUGUCGUUGCUAUCGUUUUACUUGCCGUUCUAUCAUAGCAAGACUCCACUCUUCCACUAUAUGUUAUACCCUACUUAUAAUUAUGCAUUAUACUUCUUAACAAUCUCGAUGGAUAAUCUGUAGUACUUCAGAUGUCUCCUACCACCAACCACCAGUUCUAUUACCAGCAGCGGCUCAAACAGCCCGUAUUAUAUCGAGAAAUAGUAGGAACUCCAAUCUACAAUUGAUACUACGAUACACAUGCAGUCAU